AUUUAUAAAUUACCUGGGGGAAUGGGCCCCCUCCGCCCCUGCAAAACGGUGUCCAAACGAAACAACGCUCGUUCAUUGAACGAGAGACAGUCGCCAGUCGGAAACAAAACAAACCACCGCGAGUCCGUCUCGUCUCGUCGCCUCGCCUCCAAUUCCAAAAAACCCUGGUUCGCCCAAGGUCGACGGCCUCACCGCCGUCUCUCUCCAUCUCGAACCCACCUCGUCACCUCCAAAAACCACCGCGACCUCGUCGCCUCCAAUUCCAAACAACGCUGAUUGUUGUUUGCCCCAAAGUCACCGUCGGCGGCGUCAUCGCCGCCUCCUAGUCUGAAGUUCUAAAGUCUCAGGUAAUUUCCUUCCCCCCCUUCCAGUUCCAGUCAGAUUCCCAUGUGGAACUCAGAUAUACUGCAUCUCUUAUCCUCUUUAUUUCCCCCCUUCUGGUGUAAGGCUACUUCUUGUGUUCCUUUGCACACGAAAAUUUGAAGAAUCAGCGCCAGAUUCUGAUACAAACAUGGGAAGUGCCUUCACUAUAAAGCACAAUCAUUGCUACUUUUCCUAUCCGGUGAUGCAAAUUACCUGUUUAGCAUGUUGAGUUCCGUCGCAGUGUAUUUUACCGUCAGGUGUCAAGCUUGCUUGAUAUUCUUUUUACCCAUCAAUAUAAAUUUCUUGUGUUUUGAUAGCCUUCAAAUUUCAAAUGCUGCUUUCGUGCUUUCACAUUUUCAGACUAUCUAUGGGCAUAACUUUUAUGAGGUUUCUUAGGGGGUUUUCCUCUUCUUUCCCCUUGCAGGAACAACAGAAGUUAGUAGUUUUAUAAAUCAUGGGAGAUCGUAGGAGAUGUUUGUCGCCUUUAACCUCAUCAACCUUUCACUGCCCCAAGCCUGAUGUCAAUCCAUUGUCAAUUGACUCAGAACUCUGGUUAAUGGCUGAGCAUAGAAUCUUUGAGAUUUUGUGUUGUAUUCAACCUGCUUUGGCAUCUGAGAAGAAGAGGGAUGAGGUUAUUUCAUACGUUUCGAGGUUAAUUAAAGCUCAUUACAGAAGUGAGGUGAGACUUCUGUCUGAACUUUGUAGAUUGUUCUUUUUCUUUCAGUUCCUGUUUUUUCUUUGGUUGGUGAUGUUGCCAACAAUAUUGAAUCUGGGUUGGAAUGGAAGUUUUCAUCCCAUUAUCACUAGGACAAACUUAUGGGUUAUAUUUCCUUCCUUUUAGUUUAACAAGAUUGAUAUUGGAUGUUGUGUUCCGCAAUUAGGGGUUUACAUGUUGGUGAUCUCGAUUCUGAUACUGAAUCAUCCAUGCAGAGUCUUUGCUUCUCUUGUUCUCAGAAUUGAAGAUUACUAAGUAGUACCACUAGUAGUCUUUGAAUGAUAAGAAAUUGGCCUGCAGUGAUUGAUUGGCUGGCUUGUUUCAAAUUAUUUGUUCACAGAGUACAUACUAAAGUCGGUACAGUUUCACUUCCGUUUGCUUUUGAAUUUAUUCAUACGUCUUUGUGUUUUAUUAUCCUUUAUUGCCGGCUCCUUAUCUAAUGGUUGGCUUCAUUUUCCUAUUAUUUGGGUGUUAGUUUUUUUUCUUCUGUUAACGGUGUACGUUAUUGUACUGUAUUGCUGAAAAGCUUGGAUAUGUCUUCCUUUACUAGAUUCGGCUUAAAAAGCAUUGUCUAAAUGUCAGCGCUUGAUGACCUUUUUUUUACAGUUCUUUUGUUGUGGCUUACUAGAUUUGGCUUAAGAAUCUUUUCCUAAAACGCAACACGUGAUGUUACAGUUUUGUAUUUUAUUUAAAAUGACUCAAUCGCUAGGCUGUUUCUCGUGCUACUCUUUUUGUGCGUUCGCUAGUAUUUGAUCAUGCACAAUUCCAGUUAGAUUAGAGUUUAUUUAUUUCUUUAGAAAAAGGGGGCUUCCUUGUGUAUCUGACAUACAUCCCAAAAUUUACUUCUUUUUUAUGUCUGGUUCGACUCAACAGAUGAAGGUAUAGGAAAUUCUGUCACAUUUAUUUUUUUAAUUUUCUUGUGGAAAUUAAUGUUAGAGCUGCAAAGACAUGCAGAUUAUUCAUUGAGAAAUAUUUGGUUAUACUUUUGCCAUCAUUUACAGGUUUUUGCGUUUGGAUCGGUACCCUUGAAAACCUAUCUACCAGACGGAGAUAUUGACCUGACUAUACUCAGCCACCAGAAUACAGAGGAAGGAAUGGCUGAGGGUGUGUCUGAUAUCCUCCAGGGUCAUGAGCACGACCCAAAAUUCGAUGUGAAGAAUGUCCAAUAUAUAGAAGCUCAGGUUAACUUUCUGCUCUAAUCACAUGCGUUAUACUGGAUCUUUAGUUUGCUUAUCCACCUGAAGUUAAAUAUCAUGGUGUUAGUACAAGAACAAGUUUUCUUCGGACUUUUUUGCCAUCCCUUGCUAGCUUUUGAUUUUCUUAGAGCCUUAUACUUUUUAUUCCUUUUGUGUUGAAUCAGAACUCUGUUUUUUGUCAUACCUUAUUAAACAACCUUGGCAUGGGGUCUAGUUCAUGCAGAUAUAUCACAAAUCUUAUGACAAAACAUGGUUAUGAGGGAAACUCACAACGACAUCUCUUUCUGCCCUCCACCUUUUUUUCUUCUAUCAGCUUGGAUCAUUCCCACUUGUGACUGAAAAAGGGCAAGCUUGAAUUCACCGUUUUGCUUAAACUCCUGUGGGGUCUUUGCUUAUUCAUCAAGUUUCUGCAGUCCUUCCCUUGUAUGCUGGGAGCAAACUUGUUGAUCCUGACAUUUGAUAACCCAAAUUAUUAUGUAUCUACUUGUGGCUGGUGAUAUUCCUAUGCCCUUUGAAAAAUGCGGUCGACGAAUGGUAUUCAUUCACCUACCAUUCAAAAAUUACAACGGAGUACUUAUACAAAUAAGAUAUAAGCGAAGGGCGAAAUUAUACCAAUAGUCCACCAAAUUUAUUUAUAUAAAAAAUAUCAUGUGAU